CUCCUUUAUAAACACGGCGAGGCUGACAGCGGCUCCAAAUUCAACGGGGAGAGAGUAGGCCGGGAAUGGAGGAGCAGUCGGCGGCGGCGCCGACCGCUGCUGCUGCUACUGCUGCUGCAGCGGCGGCGCCGAUGGGCGGGCAGGGGGAGAUCCACGGGCAGCGGAGAGCCAGCCUGGCCGAGGAGGAGCAGCUGCCGCCGCCGAUGAUCAGCGUGGACGUGGCCGGAGUCCUGGUGCAGUUCGUCAAGACUUUUGUGAUCAUCUUCCCGGUGUACGCUCUGGGCUACCUGGGGCUGAGCUUCAGCUGGGUGCUGAUCGGGCUGGUCGUCUUCUUCUGGUGGCAGAGGAACCGGGGCAACAAGCGCUCUCGCUUGUACAGGGCGCUGUCAUUCCUGGAGCACGAACACAAACCCGUGCAGGGUGACAUCUCCAGCACUGACCUGCCGGCGUGGGUUCACUUCCCAGACGUGGAGAGAGUGGAAUGGUUAAACAAGAUUGUGAAACACCUAUGGCCAUUUAUCAGUCAGUUUGUGGAGAAAUUGUUCAAAGAUACUAUCGAACCGGCUGUGAGGGGAGCAAACAGCCAUCUUAGUACCUUCUCCUUCACAAAGAUUGACUUGGGAACCAAGGCUUUGCGAAUAGAUGGAAUAAAAACGUAUAUAGAAAAUGUGGACAGCAGGCAAAUUAUAAUCGAUCUUCAAAUCAGUUAUGUUGGAAACUGCGAUAUAGACAUCGAGAUCAAAAGGUAUUUUUGCAGAGCUGGAGUGAAAGGCAUUCAGAUGAACGGCACACUUCGAGUAAUUCUGGAGCCCCUAAUUGGCGACAUGCCACUGAUUGGAGCGCUAACUCUCUUCUUUCUCCGCAGACCUUUACUUGCCAUUAACUGGACAGGACUAACAAAUCUUCUGGACAUCCCUGGGCUGAAUGGAUUGUCAGAUACCAUCAUCCUUGAUAUCAUGUCCAACUAUAUGGUGCUGCCCAAUCGUAUCAGUGUGCCACUUGUGAACGAGGUGCAGUUGGAACAGUUGCGGUUCCCAGUACCAAAAGGAUUCCUAAGGAUAUAUUUCAUUGAAGCUCAGGAUCUGAUGUGGAAGGACUCGUUUUUGAGGGGACUUGCAAAAGGAAAAUCUGACCCAUAUGGUAUUAUUCGUAUUGGUAACCAGAUGUUCCAAAGCAAAACCAUCAAGGAAAAUCUAAAUCCAAAGUGGAAUGAGGUUUACGAGGCACUGAUUUAUGAGACUCCUGGCCAGUUAAUGGAGAUUGAACUUUUUGACGAAGACCCAGACAAAGAUGAUUUCCUGGGCAGCCUCAUGAUUGACCUUGUUGAAGUUCAGAAGGAGCAGCUAAUUGAUCAGUGGUUUGAAUUGGAUGAAGCGAACAGAGGAAAGUUGCACUUGAAGUUGGAGUGGCUAUCCCUGCUGCCAAACACUGACCUGCUGUCUCAGGCAAUGGCUAGCACCAGAGCUCUUCAAGGAACUGCAAAUGAUGGGCUUUCUUCUGCCUUACUCAUCAUCUAUCUGGACUGUGCCAACAAUCUGCCAAGCAAUCCAUUUGAAUUUAACCCUGAAAGAUUGAAGAAGAGCAGUUUUAUCAAAUCAGCAAAGUUUGGGAAGAAAAUGAACAGUGAGCCGAACCCAUUGGUCCAAUUGUCCGUGGGGCAUAACACAUUUGAAAGUAAGAUCCGAUAUCGAACCACGAAUCCUGUCUGGGAGGAAGCGAUUACUUUCCGCAUUCACAAUCCACAGAUUGUGGACCUGGACAUUGAGGUUAAGGAUGACCGUCACCAAUGCCCACUCGGUUCAUUCAAUCUGCCUCUCAAACAGCUGCUGCAGGCGGAACAGCUAACGAUAAACGAGCGGUUCCCAUUGACCAACUCGGGUCCCACCAGCACUCUCAAGAUGAAGAUAAUGCUUCGAAUCCUUGCAGUUGAAAAACAAGACAAAGCUACAGGUCAUUCCUCCAUUCAAUUAAAGAAACAGUCAUCUCAAGGCAAGGACGGCAGUAGGUCCAACCAGCCGGUUGUCUCGACAGAAUCAAACAAAGGCGCCCCAGCUGUCCCUGCUGCUGACAGUGUCAAAAAAGUUGAGAAGGUGGACAAGGCGGAGACCAGUGCCUCUACCCUGAGCCCCCAGAGAUCCACAAGCUUUCCACCAACUUCUAUGGCCAACGUCACAUCCAGUGUAACAAGCUCUCCAUCGCACCUUGCGGCCAAAGAAUCGACCCCAAGUAUCGCCUCCGACGUGUCGCUACCCUUCGCUACACAAGAGUUACACCAGAGGCUGCGGCAACUGCAGAAUGGAACUACUCUUGGCCAGUCACCGCUGGGUCAGAUUCAACUGACUGUGCGCCACAGUUCUCAAAGAAACAAGCUCAUUGUGGUUGUACAUGCUUGCCGGAAUUUAAUAGCUUUUUCUGAGGAUGGUUCAGAUCCAUAUGUUCGAUUAUAUUUACUGCCUGACAAGAAAAGAUCAGGAAGGAGAAAAACAUCUGUGUUGAAAAGACAGCUAAAUCCAGUCUUUGAUGAAACGUUUGAGUUUGCUGUGUCACCUACUGAGGUACCGAAGAGGACUCUGGAUGUAGCUGUGAAAAACAGUGGUGGCUUUUUAUCAAGGGACAAAGGUUUGCUUGGAAAGCUAUUAAUAGAAAUGACAGAGGAAGUGACGAAAGGCUCUACACAGUGGUACGAUCUGACAGAAGAUGGUGCAAAGCAUCAGCCCCAGACCUAGAAGUACCAACCCAGUGUCGAUACCAUUGGUCUCCAAGGCUUUUAUUUGUUUUUUAAAAUUAUCCUGGGAGCACCAGCACCACACAAGGCUUUGCACACGUGCCAAUGAAUGCACCACAGAUUUUUCAGAAAAUGUCAUCUUCCCCAUAUGUACUUCACUCGGUUUUAGUAUUGCUUGUUGCAUUUUAAAAACACCUACUUUUAUUGGUUAAGAGUUUAAAAAAUAAAAUUAAACCAAUUAUUGAUAGCACAGUGCAUGGUGUACAUGCUAACUGUGUCCCCUUGGUCAUAAAAUAUUUCCUAUUCAAGACUGUAAAUUACUGCAAGGCAGAAUGUUGAUCCAGGAUUACUUCUGACUUAAUUUCUGUAGGUUUGCAAUGUAUAAUGUGUAAAUACAGCAAAUGUGAUUUAUGUAUUGAGUAUGCAAUGUCUGAAGUAUAUGGAAGGAAGGAUAUUGCAUUUAUUAAAAUGGUAGGCAUGUCUCACUGAGCAGUUGCCUUGUGCUCUUUCUGGUAGCCACAUAUUUGUAGUGUCUAAUUCUACAUUGGAAUGUGUGCUGUGAAAUGAAAUACAUAGGCCUUACUGACUUAUCAGGUCUCCUAUGUUACACAGUGCACUUAGCAGCGAAAAAGGAAUACAAGCCAUGGAGCAGGAAACCUAAACUUUUCAUUUGACAAUCUGUGGAAAUCAGCACAGGGGUUCAAAACCAAUUAAUUGUUUUAGUUUUGACAUUCUACUGUGGAGCUGUGCGCAUAAUUUCAUGAACGCAUGAGGAAGGAGUAAACCACUUUGACAUUCAAUGUAUGAUCAUGGCUGAUUCAAUUGUUCCCUUAGCACUGCAUUCCCACCUACCACUGGAAACCACUCUUAUCAAGAAUCUAUCUACCUCUGUCAUAAAACUAUUCAAAGACUCGCUUUUCACUGUCCUUUCAGGAAGUUAGAUACUCAACCCUCUGAGAGAAAACAUUGCGCCUCGUCUAACUUAAUGGGUGACCCUUUCUUUUUUUUAAAGUGAACACUAGCUCAAGGUUCUCUCACAAAAAGAAUCAUCCUCUCUGCAUCCACCCUGUGAAAACCUCUCAGGAUCUUGGAUGCUUCAAAUUUCCCCUUGCUCUUCUGAACUCUGACAUAUACACGCCUAGUAUGUCUAACCUCUCCUCAUAAGACAACCCAUCCUUCUGCCUAUUAGUUUGGUAAAGCUACUUUGAACUGUUUUCGAUAUAUUUCCAUUAUUCCUUUAAUAAGGAGACCAAUAUUGUACCAGGUGUGGCCCAUUAUAACUGAACCAUAAUCUCCUUUUAUAUUCAAUCCUUUGCAAAAAGUAACAUUCUGUUAGUUUUCUCAUUUAUUUGCUUUACCUUCAUAUUAGCCUUUUGCAAAUUAUGGAUCAGAACACCCAGAUCCCUUUAUAUCUCAGGGCGUCGCAAUCUUUCACCAUUUAGAUAAUAUACUGAUAAAUGCUUCCUGCCAAAAUGGUGAGUUUCACAUUUUCCCACAUUAUACUGCAUUUGCCCACUUACUUAGCUGACCUACAUACCCCUUUGUAGUCACCAAAUGUCCUGGAAGUUCUUUGCUCGGACAUUUAUCCUCAACCUCUACAGUUGUGUUGUGUUCUUCCUGUAAACAUUCACGAUUCCCUGAUCUACUGUUUCCAGACUGUUCAGUUCAUGUUUAAGGAUGCAUUGAUUUUUGUCCUCGGUUUCCUUUCUCUGUCGGCAUGCAUGAAGUCCGAACCCAGCCCUUUAGGAAAUCAGAAUAAAUAUUCCCAGAUACGUUGUUUAUGAGCCAUGCCACUCUAUUAUGAAACUGGUUUCCCAUUCUACAAAUAUUGUAUAUUGUAUAUUUGUCACACAUGACAAAAGUCCAUUUUACGCUUCAAAACACGUUUGAGACAUUGCUAUUCUUUUAAAUGCAGAAAGGCCCGUUAUAUUAGAUAAAGAUGGAAAACACUGGAAAUACUCAGGCAGCAAUGGUGGACGGAGAAACAAAGUUAAUGUUUCAGGUCAAUUACUCUUCAUCAAAGCAUAUUUUGUUUGUUCUUUUAGGCAUCGCUCAUAGUUUCAUUCACCCCAGUACGUUUAAAUGGUAAGCUGAAAGGUUCAUAACUUCUUUGUUAAGUGGGUUAUUGGUAUUUAAUUCUGGAUAUUUAACGUUGCAUCUACCCUAACUUAUUUUGUUCCUACAGUAUUAUGGGGUUUUGAGCUUUAUUUUUGAGGUUUUGUCGUUACAUAUGAAGUCCCCAAAACACACUAAACUUGGUUUUACUUGAGCAGAAUUAUCAUCUUUUGUUAUCAAUAUUAUUUGCUGCAGUCCUAUUUAUUUCAUACGAUCAUUGAGCUAAUUAUAUCCUCCACUCUCAAUCUCCAUUUGAUUGUAGGUUGGCUUGAUUGCUGCUCUGAAAGUACAUUGUUCAAGCCAAACAUAGCAAAGCUUGACAGAACUGGUGACAGAAGGCCAGCAGAAAAUGAUGAAACUUGAAUCUGAAAUCAAAUAUUGAGUGCAUUAAUAAAAUAUAGCCGAGUUGUGCAAUUUGAAAGAUCCUUUGUUUGCAUCUUCAUAAUGCGGUUAAUAUUUGUUUUAUGCUGCUCAAAGCAAAACUUAUUUCCAAAUCGAUGAAAAUAUUCUGUUUUUAUGGCAACUGGUUUCUAGUUCAUUAAUUUAAAAAUUAUUUAAUUCAGCUGAUUUUAAAAUAUUGCAAAUAAUGUUUUAAAAAUACUGCAAAUAAUGGGUAUCAGUACAUUUUUCUGUGUUGUCAACACAAUGGCGGUAUUUUGUCAGUUCUAUCAUGUUCUAAAGAUAGCUGACGAUGACAUUCGUAGUGCAAGUUAUUCUUCUGGUAUAUUAACAUUUUAAUUGACGCUUUUAAAGGCCUUCUAUUCAGAAACAUCAAAAAGAAAAUUCCAACGAAUUGGAAUGAUCAUACCACACAAUGCUCAAUGAGAUUUCUCCUGCAAUUUCCCUGAAAAGUGCACUCUGUAACUUCUAUUUUGUGUUGAACAUUGUUCGAAGAACAUUGCGGUUGAGUCAGCCAAGUCUAUUUGUUCAAGCUACCGUUGUCUGCUCCAUGCAGGUAUUACUGUGCCUUAAAUAUUGAUGUAUAAAAAUAUUAUGGACACUGAUUCAUAUUUGAGGAUAGUCAUACUUGAUAGAUUUGUUUUAUAGCUGUUGUAUUUAUGACUUUUUUUGCUGAACUGUUAAUGCAUCAUAGCAUAAAGUAUAUAUAUUUUUUCCCUUCGUCACAAGAAUGGAAAAAGUGUUCAGCCGUAUCAGUGCGGUGUCACCUGAUGACAAAGGUUGUCUUUUCUCACUCUAUCUGCAUAACCUCAAACAAUGAUUUAAUGGGAUUGCCAAAUUAGGGGCCACUAAUUUGUCCUAUGUGGAUUUCUUGGUACAAAUAAAGGAUCUGCCACAUGUUCAAAUUAUUUCCCUAUCAAAGGUAGAAACAAAUAUUGGCCCGGGGUGUGCAAUGGAAUAUUUUUGUGAUAUCUGUGCAUUGGCUUGCUUGAAAUUAUAAUCUUAUUUUGUAAAAAUGCUUUGCAAUGCCAAUGGAAGAAAUUCAGAAGAAAGGAAUUGACAGUAAGAGAACUAAAGCCAAAGUCUAUCAUUGUUUGGAAAUCAUCAGGUUUUUGGUCCUGGUAUCUUCACUGAAAUGUAAUUUUUUCAGUUGUGUUCAACAUGUUACAGUGUGCCGUGCUUGAUAUCCUGUCUUCUACAUCAAUUGCAUCUGCUGCCAGCAAUGUACAAUCAAUAAAAAAAUUAAGAAAA